AUCCGUCUCAACUAUUUCUCCAGCUCCUCCCCCUACUCUAAAUCCAACUAAACACUUCCUCUCUACUUUACUCUUCAUUGUCUUCUCCAACCUCUCCUCCAAUUCAGGUACCUACAACUCAACUGCGCGAUCUCUGUAUCUCGAUAGAACAGCAACACCGAAAGCUGUGAGUCCUGCAAGUACAAGCAGUUCUGACAAGCUACACGGUCACGCUACCCCGCCAUCAACGUCGCACCUGCAGGCGCAACGCUCAACGAAGAAAAAAAAAACUAUUUUGAAAUCAACCCCCAGCGACAGACACAAUGGCAACCGCCGUCGAGCAACCCCAAAUGCCCCAGGAGCUCAGGACUUCGGCUCCCGAGUCUCUCCCCAAGAGUGCCAUCCCAGCCGCCGUCGCUUCUCCUGUUCCCGCUCCUGCAGCCACCGAAACUGUCUCAUUGAGAGCUGAGGAGGCUCCCGCUCCCGCUCAAGAGACAAAGGCUCCUGUAGUCGCUGAGGCUCAUCUCGUUGAUACCUACCACCCUCCUCAGCGCAUGUUUGCUAAGCAUCCCCACCGGCCCCACCUUGCCAACCUCGAAGAAUACAAGCGACUUUACAAGGAAUCCAUCACUCAACCCGAGAAGUUCUGGGCUGAGCGCGCACGCGAGCUCAUCUCCUGGGACCGCGACUUCCAGACCACCCGAAGUGGUUCUCUUCUCAAUGCUGAUGUCUCCUACUUCAACGAGGGCCGCCUGAAUGCCUCAUACAACUGUGUCGACCGUCAUGCUUUUAAGGACCCCGAUCGUGUUGCCAUCAUUUAUGAGGCCGACGAGCCCACCGAGGGUCGCAAUGUCACCUACGGAGAGCUCCUCCGAGAGGUCUCUCGUACCGCCUGGGUUCUCAAGCAGAUGGGUGUCCGCAAGGGCGAUACCGUUGCUAUCUACCUUCCCAUGAUUCCCGAGGCCAUCAUCGCUCUCAUGGCCUGUGUCCGUAUUGGUGCCGUGCACUCCGUUAUCUUUGCUGGUUUCUCUUCCGACUCUCUCCGCGACCGUGUUGUCGACGCCGGCUGCAAGGUUGUCAUCACAACUGAUGAAGGCAAGCGAGGUGGCAAGUUGAUUGGCACGAAGAAGAUUGUUGAUGACGCUCUCAAGCAGUGCCCUGCUGUUGAGAACGUCCUUGUCUACAAGCGUACUGGCUCAGAAAUUCCCUGGACCAGCGGCCGUGACUUCUGGUGGCAUGAGGAGGUUGAAAAGUGGCCCAACUACUUCCCUCCCGAGCCUGUCGCUUCCGAGGACCCUCUAUUCCUCCUUUAUACCUCCGGCUCCACUGGCAAGCCUAAGGGUGUCCUGCAUACAACCGCCGGGUACCUCCUCGGCGCUGCUAUGACCGGCAAGUAUGUCUUUGACAUCCACGAGGGCGAUAGAUACUUCUGUGGUGGUGAUGUCGGCUGGAUUACCGGUCACACCUAUGUCGUUUAUGCUCCUCUUAUGCUCGGUGUAUCCACAGUUGUAUUCGAGGGUACACCUGCCUACCCCAACUUUUCGCGAUACUGGGACAUCAUCGAGAGACACAACGUUACUCAGUUCUACGUUGCCCCCACCGCUUUGAGACUGCUGAAGCGUGCCGGUGACGAGCAUGUUCGUGGCAAGUUCGCUCACCUUCGCGUACUGGGCUCGGUCGGCGAACCUAUCGCCGCCGAGAUCUGGAAGUGGUAUUUCGAAGUUAUUGGAAAGGAGGAGUGCCACAUUGUUGAUACUUACUGGCAAACCGAGUCUGGUUCUCAUGUUCUCACGCCCUUGGCUGGAAUUACACCAACCAAGCCAGGCAGUUGUUCUUUGCCCUUCUUUGGGGUUGAGCCCGCUCUCAUCGAUCCUGUUUCCGGCGAAGAGAUUCACGGAAACGACGUCGAGGGUGUACUGACCUUUAAGCAGUCCUGGCCUAGCAUGGCUCGCACCGUCUGGGGAGCCCAUAACCGGUACAGAGAGACUUACCUUGAUGUCUACAAGGGUUAUUACUUCACUGGAGACGGAGCUGCUAGAGAUCACGAGGGCUUCUACUGGAUUCGGGGUCGCGUUGACGACGUCGUCAAUGUCAGCGGCCACCGAUUGUCCACUGCUGAGAUCGAGGCUGCUCUGUUGGAGCACCACUCUGUUGCUGACGCAGCUGUCGUCGGCAUCGCUGAUGAGCUUACUGGCCAAGCUGUGAAUGCCUUUGUUGAUCUCAAAGAGGGCGUUGAAUCAAGUGAUGCUCUGCGCAAGGAGCUUAUUGUCCAAGUGCGCAAGAGCAUUGGUCCUUUCGCUGCUCCCAAGGCGGUGUACGUCGUGCCUGACAUGCCCAAGACACGAAGUGGCAAGAUUAUGCGACGAGUAUUGAGGAAGAUUGUUGCUGGUGAGGAGGACCAGCUCGGAGACAUUACUACUCUUUCUGAUCCUUCUGUUGUUGAGAAGAUUAUCAAGGCUGUUCACGAUGCCAAGCGCAAGUGAGGUCAGUGACAAAAAGGGUUAUAAAGACAUGAUGCAUAUUAUCUAGUGGAGUUAUAUACCAUGGAUACAAGGCAAGCGGGAAAGGAAUAGUUUGCCGACAACGGAAGCGGCCUGGAAUCAGAUUCCCGCUCGGUGUUUGGGGUUGAUGUUGGAUUCAGCCACGACCUGGAAGAGGAUCUUGAUGGCUUAAGAACCAUUUUUAUGAGGUUGAUUUAUGAGCAUUGCGGUCUAAUUUUUCUCACAUGUUUUUUAAGCUAGCAAGGCAAAAAGAAAGUCCAAUAAUGAAACAUUGGUUAAGACAUCAAUGACGUCCGUGGUGCAGGGUAGUGGUGUCAAAGAACC